AUGGAGGUCUAUACAGUAGAAGCCUUUCCAAGAUUGUCUAGUGAAAGGUUUAGUAUGAUGGAAAAGAUGUUAAAGUCAUGGGGAAACCAAACAUUCAAGAUUCCUCUCUACUUGUCUAUGAGUACAUCGACAGAGCUAGUGAGUGAGGCCGAAAAGAGAUUAGUAACUUGGAAGUCAGCCUAUCCUACACUUACUGUAUACUUAAACCCGAAAAUGUCCCAAUUCAAACACUAUCAAAAUCUUGUCCAAAGACUUAAGACUUGUUCAACUGUCACUAAAGAUUCGUGGGUCAUCUUUACCGACGACGAUGAUACUUGGCAUGAAAUGAGGGUUGAAGAAUAUUAUGUUUGCUUGGGUCGACAAGAUAUGAAAAACUACUCUGUUCUUCGCCUCCCAUUCAAAGAUCGUAUAGAUCAAGAAGAAUAUUGGGAGUUCUCUACAAAACUAGGUAACCUCAAAAGGUUUGUUGACAGGUCGGCAUCUAGAUUAUUGGACCACCCAUUUGCAGACCGCUACUUUGUCCGAUUCUUGACCCCUCCCUCUCGUGGUACACCAACACUCCCAACCGAUUUCAAUCUUUACGAAUACAAAAUGGGUCACGAAUCAAUGCGACAUGCACAUGAUGUCCUUGCCAAUGGUGCCACAUUCGAACAAUUCAGAGAAGUUCAAGUUACUCGAGAUUUAAUUUUAAAAUUGGCCAGGUGGUACGAGACUCAACCUAUAACAUGGGGAGAGUUCUCAGAGGCAGUAUUGAUUACCGUUGGACACAUGGCUGGUGCCUCAGCAGAGCAAAUAGCAAAUAUAAAUUUGAUAUAUCAAGCAGAUCAUCAUAUUUGGUUUGCCAAUUUUGUUCAAACUAAAGGAAAUAUACAUUUACCUUUAUAA